GCUGAGGGUCACUUCCUGCUGACCCGGAUGGAAUUCUGGGCAUUUGCCCUUCCCUCUUACCCCCUUCGUCCGCUCUCAUUGGCUCCUUUGAAAGGAUCCAGCCAUACUUCAAUGGACCCCAGGGGCAUCCUGAAGGCAUUUCCCAAGAGAAAGAAAAGUCAUGUCAAUCCAUCAUCAAAAGCAUUGACAAAGAUUCCCAAGAGGGAAGAGGGAGAAGAAGCAGGAGAGUGGCUGAGCUCCCUGCGGGCUCAUGUUGUGUCCACUGGCAUUGGACGAGCCCGGGCAGAACUCUUUGAGAAGCAGAUUGUUCAGCAUGGUGGCCAGAUAUGCUCUGCCCAGACCCCAGGGGUCACUCACAUUGUGGUGGAUGAAGGCAUGGACUGUGAGCGGGCCCUCCGCCUCCUCAGACUGCCCCAACUGCCCCCAGGUGCUCAACUGGUAAAGUCAACCUGGCUGAGCUCCUGCCUACAGGAGAGAAGACUGGUGGACACAGCUGGAUUUAGCAUCUUCAUCCCCAACAGGUAUGUGGAUCAACCACAGCCAAGCAAAGUGGACCAACAGUCUUCUGCUCCUCCUGGCACUCAUGGGAUUCUGCCUAGGACAGCCCUUUCUCCUCUGCCUCCUCCUACCAGAGCUGUAUCUCCUCCCCAAAAGGCAGAAGAGGCACCAAGCUCCCAAGUCCAGCCCAGCUCCGAUGAUGAAACCAGUGAUGGGGAAGGGCCCCAGGUUAGCACAGCUGAUCUGGAAGCUCUGAUCAGCGGCCGUUACCCAACCCCACCUGAGGGAGAUGGCGAGCCUGGCCCAAUCCCAGAGGCCCUGGAUAAGUGGGUCUGUGCACAGCCCUCAAGCCAGAAGAUGACCAACCACAACCCACACAUCACAGAGAAGCUGGAAGUGCUGGCCAAAGCCUACAGCGUCCAGGGAGAUAAGUGGAGGGCUCUGGGUUAUGCCAAAGCCAUCAAUGCCCUCAAGAGCUUCCACAAGCCUGUUAGCUCCUACCAGGAGGCCUGCAGCAUCCCUGGGAUUGGGAAGCGGAUGGCUGAGAAAAUCAUGGAGAUCCUGGAGAGUGGGCAUCUGAGGAAACUGGAACACAUCAGUGAGAGCGUGCCUAUCUUGGAACUCUUUUCCAACAUCUGGGGAGCUGGGACCAAGACUGCCCAGAUGUGGUACCAUCAGGGUUUCCGGAAUCUGGAAGACAUACGCAGCCUGGCCUCCCUGACUGCCCAGCAGGCCAUUGGCCUGAAACAUUAUGAUGACUUCCUGCAACGCAUGCCCAGAGAGGAGGCUGCAGAGAUUGAGCAGACAGUCCGGGUGUCAGCCCAGGCCUUCAGCCCUGGGCUGCUAUGUGUGGCAUGUGGCUCUUACCGCCGGGGGAAGAUGACCUGUGGUGAUGUGGAUGUGCUCAUCACUCACCCAGAUGGCCGGUCCCACCAGGGCAUCUUCAGUCGUCUCCUUGACAGCCUUCGGCAGCAAGGGUUCCUCACAGAUGACUUGGUGAGCAAGGAGGAGAACGGCCAGCAACAGAAGUACCUAGGUGUAUGCCAACUCCCAGGGCCAGGGCGACGACACCGACGACUAGACAUUAUCGUGGUUCCCUACAGUGAGUUUGCCUGCGCCCUGCUCUACUUCACUGGCUCUGCUCACUUCAACCGUUCCAUGCGGGCUCUGGCCAAGACUAAGGGCAUGAGCCUGUCAGAACAUGCCCUCAGCACAGCUGUGGUCCGGAACACUCAAGGUGUCAAGAUGGCUCCUGGCCGAGUGCUACCCACACCCACCGAGAAGGACGUCUUCACACUCUUAGGCCUACCCUACCGAGAACCAGCAGAGCGCGACUGGUGACUAUGGCUCAGGGCACAGCAGCCAGUUGAACCAGCUGCCCCACUCCAGUUUCAUCUGGCUGAACUUUACACUUAGCCACCUGCUAUCUUCUGUGAAACCAAGCCUGGGGCUCAAGCCUGAAGGAAAGAGUCUGGCUCCCAAGGCCUUCCCAUCCCAGAUCAGGCUGCUAUCCCUUCUACCCUACCACUGCCCCAGGAUAGUUCUGCACACAGCUUCUUGCCCCAUUUUAAACAGGAACAAGUAGCUGGUUUGAAGCCACCUUCCUGUGCUGAAGGCCUCGGCAUCCCGCUUCUGACCCUGAGAAAGGUCUGACUGAUGUGGGUGGGGUGGAAGCUUCACCGGGAAAGGAAAGCAGCUGUGGUCUCAGCAUCACCCAGAACUCUUCAGAGGAGGGGAGUGAGCCAUUCACAUGUAUUCCCUCCACCCACCCAACUUCCUGUACAGCUGGAGCUGCUGGGAAGGGGGUGCCCUAGGCUCCAUGAGGACAGCAUUUGAAGGCCGAGGGGCCCAGUAAAGUGCAUUUGACAUUCA